AUGGAAUCUGAAGGCAAAAUCAAGUUAGGAUACUGGAAAAUCAGAGGAUUGUUUAGGCACAUCCAAUAUGUACUUGAGUACUGUGGAGUUGAAUACGACACUAAGUACUAUGAAGCUGGAAGCGCACCAGACUAUUCUGGAAAGGAUUGGUUUGAUGAGAAGUUCAAUCUUGGAUUAGAUUUUCCGAAUCUUCCAUAUCUUGUCGACGGUGACUUCAAAAUGACUGAGACAAUACCAAUCAUGUUCUAUAUUGCUGAGAAGCAUAUGCCAGAGCUCAUUGGAGAGACAGCCAAAGGCAAGGGAACCAUCAAGAUGCUGAUGAACAUUAUCCAUGAUGCUAAAAUGAACAUCUCAAAACCUUGCUACAGUCAGGAUGACAAAUCAGUCGUGAUGGAAGCAGCUGAAAAAUCUUUUGAACCAAUCUCUAAAUUUUUGGGUGACAAAGAUUUCUUCAUGGGUGACACAAUGAACUCGGAUGAUUCUAGCCAAAAGCCAACACUCCCAGACUUGUAUAUUACAGAACUAAUCACCCUUGUACUAGCUUUUGAUACUGAGAAAACAUUUGCAGAGAAGUUCCCUAACAUUGUUGCACUCCAAAAGAGAGUUCAUGCACUCCCAGAGAUCAAGGCAUUCUUUGAAAGUGAUAGAUGUCCAGACUUGCCAUUCUUCUACCCGCUCGCGAAGCUGCACCCAUAA